CAGUGACGUCGGACGCAGAGGCUAGUAGUAGUAGGAGUCGUGCUUUGCUCUACUCUCGUUGUGAUCGAAGGCGAAAGAGGAAAAAAUUGCUUAUCUGUCCAAUACAGGAGGAAACACGACAACUUUGGGUCACCUGAUGGUGCUGGCGGUGUGGGUGGUGCUGCGGACGGUGGCCUGCCAGGGAGCAGCUGCGUUAAAAUUACACCUACCUGCUCGUACACGCACGUCUUGGAACAGCGCUUUUCGUCCACCAGUGACUGCGUCUUUCCGGGCUUUAUUCAGCACUGGGACACUACGGUCUUCUGCCAGAAUGCCUGAGAUAACCAUGGACCACCUGGACCUGAAGCAGGUGCAGCUGCUGUCUGAGAUGUGCAUCCUCAUCGAUGACAACGACCAGCGGGUGGGUGCCGACACAAAGAAAAACUGCCACCUCAACUCAAACAUUGACAAAGGUUUGUUACACAGAGCUUUCAGCGUCUUCAUUUUUAACAGUGAAGAGAAGCUGCUCUUACAACAGCGCUCGGAUGCCAAAAUCACAUUUCCAGGCUGUUUCACAAACACGUGCUGCAGUCACCCUCUGCACACAGACAGUGAGCUGGAGGAGACGGAUGCUAUCGGAGUGAGGAGAGCUGCUCAGAGGAGACUCCAAGCUGAGCUGGGUAUCCCCAUGGAAAAGGUGACCCCUGAUGAAAUGACUUAUCUAACAAGAAUCCAUUAUAAAGCCCAGUCAGACGGCGUUUGGGGAGAACAUGAGAUCGACUACAUCCUCUUCAUGCAGAAGGAUGUGGAGUUGAGUCCGGAUCCUAAUGAGGUUAAACACCAUCGUUACGUGAGCAAAGAGGAGCUGAGGGAGAUGCUGGACAAGGCCGAGCGUAAAGAGCUGAAGAUAACUCCCUGGUUUAAACUCAUCGCAGAGACCUUCCUGUUCCAGUGGUGGGACAACUUACAGAAUCUCAAAGAGUUUAUGGAUCACACCAACAUCCACCGCAUGUAACCCAAAGUACAAUCAGGCGAUACCUGUCUUCCAUUUCACGCCUGUAGUGUGGGAGCAGCGUGUGAGUGUUUCCAGCUGGUGGUAGCAGGAGAGAGCUGAUGUGAUUCAAAGACAUAGAGGAGCUGAUCCCACGGCAAGACAGCUGCUGGGAUAAAUAGUUUAUACUAGAACACAAGCUAUAACUGUCAUCAUAGUAUGGAGGAAAUGGCAGCCUUAUUGAUAGCCUCAUGAUGAGAGAAGACAAUUUGUUCACAUGUAAUUAUGUGUAGAUAAAUACUAGUACCUCCAAGUAUGAAUGUAUGGAACCUUAUCUUUGUACUUUCACAUUAAAGUGGUGUGGCUCCAUGCAGAA